AUGGACGGUCAGAUGGAAAUGUCAAAGCAUUACGCUACUGAUGGGACAAGCGUCUGCAUCACAGACGCGUCUAUUCCGUUUUCAAAAGAGGAGCUCAAGGUGUGCAGCAGCUGCCGUGGCUCAUUGCGAACCAUAUCAAGGUACGGCCGCAUAGUCCGCAGAGGGCUCAUCGAUGACGCUACAAAGAAAUUUAUUACAUCAGCGAACCAACAAUUCUUUCCGCUUUACAAGUCAAUUCACCAGCAUCAAGCCGAGUUAGCUGGGUCGGUCAAAGACGGCCAACCUAUUAAGCACAAGCUAGAUCCGGAAAAAGUUGCACUUUCAGGUGGAAGAAAGGAGCAGAUUAAGCUGAUAUUUAAGGUCGCCCACGAUAAGCGUUACUCUUCGAUCGCGACGACCCGCAAGCGGAUUAUGGAAUACCUUCGACAUGUCGAUUUCGAGGAACAGCCUUUCAAACGGGUUUGGGAUAUGGUACAGUUCGCUCGAAGACGAGGGAAGACAAGUAGCGAUGUGGGCUUCGACCAUACCGUCGUCCAGACCACCCAGACUUUACAGGGUGAAUCGCUCCUGCUGAGAUGCGAGAUUGUCAUACUAUCAGACUUUUUGACGCUUUUUGGAUCUGGUCUGCGAGAUGUGAACCUGGAAUCCAACAGAGUCGACAGCCUGAAGCUUAUAGCUGCCGCUCGGGAGGCGCGUCAACCAGCUGUCGAAGUUGAAGCUCACACAUUUUAUGCGCAGUGCUGUCUUGCGGAACGGACCUACAGCAGUCGAUCAGAAGUCCUGACAGGCCUAACUAAAGAAGCCGCAGAACACAUUGAUGACGCAAAACAACUAUGCGCUCGGCAUCCAGGGUCCACCAGACAUGUAGUGGGUGAGCUGAAGACGGUGGAAGACAUGUUGGAGUCCUCGACGUUCACAACAGUGGUAAAUGACGCCGAGUGGAGACUUGUGAUCAAUGCUAUGGCAAGUACAUUCCGUGGAUCUGGUCACUGGUAUACCUGUGUCAACAACCAUCCGUUCACUGUCGGAGAAUGCGGCAUGCCGAUGGAGAGGGGGCGCUGUCCUCAGUGUGACGCUCCGGUAGGCGGACAGAACCAUACACCUGCCGAGGGAGUUCGGCGAGCAACGGACCUCGAGAACAGAUUCGCCGAGUUGAGACAUUGA